GACGUCACGCCGCGUUGCCACGCCCCCAGCAUAGGCGGGAACCCCCCGUCGGGGCUGAGCGUUGGGGUCUUGACUGUUGCCGAGUAGAAAGCCGCCUGUGGGGCUAUGGCGGUCGCGCUGCCGGAGGUCGUGGAGGAGCUCUUGAGCGAGAUGGCGGCUGCGGUGCGGGACAGCGCGCGAAUUCCAGAUGAGCUUCUGUUAUCGCUGAAGUUUGUGUUUGGUUCAUCAGCCAUCCAGGCCUUGGACUUAGUUGAUCGACAAUCCAUCACUUUAAUUUCAUCACCCAGUGGAAGGCGUGUUUACCAGGUACUUGGAAGCUCUGGUAAAACAUACACAUGUUUGGCUUCUUGUCAUUACUGUUCAUGUCCAGCAUUUGCCUUCUCCGUGUUACGAAAGAAUGACAGCCUACUGUGUAAACAUCUCCUGGCAAUUUAUAUUAGUCAAGUUAUGAGGAACUGUCAGCAGCUCAGUGUCUCUGACAAGCAACUGACUGACAUAUUAUUGAUGAAGAAGAAACUAGAAGCAUAAAAGGUGCAAAUGGAACUUCAUUGUCUUUCAACAUAGAAGCCCAUCAGGAAAUGCAUUUAGCAUUUCAUGGUUCACAAGGAAACUUGUUGAUACUGUCACUUUGACCUCCUAAGCUAAAGGAUGGGCUUUGGAUUGGAGCUGUAGGCUACAGAAGUUAUGUGUAUGGGUUAGGAGCCCUGUAUGGUCUUAACAUGAAAAACCUGAACCAGCCUCUGAGCCCCCUGGGUAAAAAUGUACCUGGAUUAUAGACUAAUAAAGGCUGAUACCAUGCUGUGUC